UAUUACAAUGAUUCGAAUACACACUGACAAUUUCGUGCCCCGUUAUGUAAACGGCACUUGGAUUUGGAAUGACCAGCAAGAAGAUCUGCAAUUCGAUUCUCGGGAAGAAGCCAGCAAAGAAAUAAGCAAAGAAGAAUAUGUUGUCAUAGGAGGCUAUAAAUUCCUAGCAAAUAUCAAUCAAUUAGAGGAAAUGAUAUUCCGUCAAGAAUUUCAAAGGGCCGAUACCACGCACGAUUAUGAGGCCAUACUAAUACAAGAUAUUAAAGACUUGGUCAUGUUUUUAUCGCCCCAGGAGAUUCUAACCAAAGAUUUCAUAUACUUUCUCAACACUAAAACCGUGCACACAUUCCUCAAGGCUUUGGUAAUAUAUUUUGAGUACUUUUUGAAAUUUGUAGAAUUCAUACUCAUACGUAGAGAUGAAAUAGCGGGCGAAAAGGCUCAAAUACAAAGUGAGGAGAGUACGGCAAUUAAGAGAAUCUUUGCCAAACAACUGUCUCAAUAUCGUUUGCUGUUGGCCCGAGAAUACAGUGAGAUUCUCUUGGGCAAUGGCGAGAUGAAAAAAUUCUAUCACAUCAAACCCAUAGUGAACAUUUCUCAGUCCAUUAAAGAUAAAGCUUUUCAUGAGGGUUUUCUAGCUUUCUGCACAAAUUUUGUAUGGAUUUCAAUGUAUAGAAGAGAUUUGGAACUAAUCGAUAUGGAAAUGAAUCGUUUAUUUAGAUCAGAACAUUUUUCUUUGGUACGUUCGGAGCGCUAUCAGUUUUCUGCGGUGGAGGCCAGCAUGUUGUAUGGCAAAAAUUAUAAGCGUUGCAACUAUCGCGCUCAAAACUCUCCACUCAUUAUGGAACUCAAUAGUGUGGCCAAGGAAAAUGUGCCUUUACUAUGGAUAGGAGCAAGAAAAUAUCGUGGUACUGAUUUGCGCAUUUUUCAAAUCGAAUUGGAGUUUAUUGUGCCCGACUCACAGCUCUGCCUAAUCGAUGUGAGUCAUGGCAUAUUGGGUCAUCCUAGAAAGAUAUAUGAUACCAUGUUAAAUAUCAAUUGGGAGGCGGUACGUUUUCAGCACUAUUCCGAGUUAUAUGAUCCAUAUCGCAUUAUAAGACAACCCUAUUUGGAAAUUCCGAAAUUAAAUGCAGAGGAACUGCGUAAAAAUUGCGAAAAAUAUGAAUCAUAUUAUCAAUUGAAACAUUCUUUUGAGGGUUGGGAUCGUAGAAUGUUGAGAAAGUGGUUGAAACGUGAGGAGAUUGUAAAUUACUUCAAAACUGAGGGUAUUUUAACGGAUGUCUGGCUGAAGUGUAAGAAAGAAAUAAAGGAAACGGCCUAUGGACCCUCAGUAGAGGAAAUCACCAAGAAGUUUAUAGCACGCAAGGAAAAAUUAAGAAAGAAAUGAAAAGAUUUUGGUCAAUUUGUAGAAAUAAAUAUAUUUUUAAA